UGGAUGAGUAAGCAGCCUCUGCUACUUUAUAGGUGUACUAGACUACUGGUAGUAGUAGGCAGCUUAGCGGGCUUUAUGGUAUUGUACAGUAGAUCCCUGUUAAUCGCGUGCUCAUGAAUCUGAUUUUUCCCCCUCAUAAUUUGGAAGUCUUGAGGUUUCUAUGAGCAUUUCUUGCCAUUAUAUAUUAGCUACGGCAACUCAGUGUACUUCCAACUCGAACUGGGUUCCGAAAACUAACGCUUCAAGGCGGUAAAUAAUCUCUGCAGAAUGGUUCAUGCAGAUGCAUCGAACUUUGCCGCCGGCGUAACGAAGGAGCAAGCCUAUGCCCAAGUACUCUUGCAAGCAGAAGGCCUCUUUGACGGUCAAAGAAACUGGGUCUGCAAUUUGUCCAACACUGCCUCUUUAUUAUGGCACGCCUAUAAAUCAUUACCUUCACCAAGUGACAGAGUGAAUUGGGCAGGUUUUUACGUUCUUGAUCCAAAAGCUACCUCGUCAAAGCCACAGCUCAUCUUGGGUCCGUUCCAGGGCAAAGUCGCAUGCCAGACCAUCGUUUUCGGUCGAGGGGUAUGCGGUACAGCGGCGGAGACUCAAACAACGCAAAUGGUCCGGGAUGUUGAGCAGUUCCCUGGCCAUAUCGCCUGUGACGGGGACAGCAAGAGUGAGAUCGUGGUGCCCAUUGUUAUAGAAGAGGAGGGCUCGAAAAAGCUGGUGGCUAUUAUUGAUAUUGACUGUGUUGAACUCGAAGGGUUCGACGAGGUGGAUAAGAAGAAUUUGGAAAAGUUAGCAGAGUUGUUGGGGAGGAGUUGUGACUGGUGAAGGCAAACUUAUACAGUACCUCUAUCAUUAUUUUUCAGGAUAUUUCAUGAAGCCAGUUAUAGAUUCAUCAUUUCUGAAAACAUCACGAACAUAGAUACCAUAACUCAUCUGCUUAUAACGAUAUCAUAUCAUUACCCUAUUUGGGGUAACCAUUUUGGGGUAACCAUCCUGUCC